AUGCCACCGAAGAAUAAGAAAGAAACAGCUAAGCCAAGUGGAGCAAAAGCAGAAGCUCCAAAGAAAGAAGCUAAGGGAGGUACUGCUGUUAAAGUACGCCAUAUUCUUUGUGAGAAGCAGGGUAAAGUUUUGGAAGCUAUGGAGAAACUGAAAGCCGGUAUGAAAUUUAAUGAAGUCGCUGCCCAGUACAGUGAAGACAAAGCUCGUUCAGGAGGAGAUCUUGGGUGGAUGACUAGAGGCUCGAUGGUUGGCCCUUUCCAAGACGCUGCUUUCGAUUUGGCCAAAAGCACGGUAGAUAAGCCAAUCUACACGGACCCUCCAGUAAAGACGAAGUUUGGUUAUCAUAUAAUCAUGGUGGAAGGAAAGAAAUAG